AUGGCGCGAGCGUCGCGUGUGUACCCCGCCCUGUUGCUGCACAUCAACUUGCUGCUCGUGUUGUUCGCGGGCGCCAUGCUGGCGACGGCGGCGCGGUUGAAGUGGGACCCGAGCGCGUACAUCCCGGCCCGGGAGCUGCUCCCCGCCGAGUACCGGAGCGCCGCGUGCGUGCUGCCCGCCGCCGGCCUGGCGCUGCUGCUGCUGGCCCACCUCGCCCUCACCGCCCUCAGCUGCCGCCCUCCAACUAGACGAGUCUUGCUCGUUGUGGUGCAGAACACUCUACUAUCAUAA